GCAUCUAAACGGUUCGCGAAACGGUCACGAAAAUGGGAAGGUUGUCCCACCUCGGUGGUUUACUAGCGUUAGUGCUUGCUGUGGUAGGCGCAGAUCACCCAAUUUACGAGCGAACGUCGCUGAAAGAAGCUGGCGUCAGCCAAAUCGAUUCGGAUACUCGUGAAGUUGAUCAGUCGUACUUUCUUCCGAGGGAUACAAUUCCGUUUCAUUACUUCAUUCAAUUGACUACCAAUAUUCACGCGAAUGUUCGGACGUUCCGUGCCACGACGGAGAUCUACUUCAACGUGGUUAAUCCAACCAGCAAAAUUACAAUGCAUCUGCAGGAGUUGGACAUUCAGCUGACCGAGUUGUACAGGAUUCCGGACAAUUUCGGAGAUCCAGUCAAGAUCGGAAGUCCUCGGGUCGAAAUUGAUACCAAAAUCGAGCACGUUGUGUUUAAAACGGAAAGUGAACUGCCCAUUGGGAGAUAUUACCUAAAGGUGACGUACACCGGAACUAUGAGAAAUUAUCAGAGCGGAUAUCUGGUAUCCUCGUACCGGGAUGAUAGCGAUGUCGUCAACUACGUUGGAUCUACGCACUUCCAGGCGACGCUGGCUCGCCGUGUUUUCCCGUGCUACGACGAACCCGAUCUUAAGGCCACCAUUUCACUGUGGAUCACGCAUCAUAAAACCUACUCAGCCAUCGCCAAUAUGCCAAUUGAUUCCGGCAACCCCGAUCCGAACAACGCAGAGUAUGUUGUUACCAAAUUCCGGAUCUCUCCAAAAAUGUCUACGUACUUGCUGGCAUUCGCUGUGACCAACUUUGAGGGAAGAUACAACGGAAAAAUGCAAGUCUUUGCGCGAUCGAAUGCAAUUCAGGACACCGGACUAGCUCUACAGGCUGGCGCUAAGAUUCUGGAAGCGCUGGAUCAGCAUACCGGAGUCCCGUACUACGACUACAUGCCGAAAAUGACUCAGAUUGCCGUGCCGGACCGGGGUACCGGAGCGAUGGAAAACUGGGGUUUGGUGACGUACGGCGAACCAUCAUUGCUGUUCAAUUCGGCGGUCAACGGCUAUCGCAAUCGUAAACGUGUCACCACGGUUAUCGCGCACGAGUUUGCCCAUCAGUGGUUCGGGAAUUUGGUCAGCCCCCAGUGGUGGGAGUAUAUCUGGCUGAACGAAGGGUUCGCCACCCUGUACGAGUACUACGGGACGGAGUUGGCCUAUCCCGAGCUGGAGUACUGGCAGCUGUUCAACGUGGAAGUGAUUCAGCGAGCUUUUGUUCAGGAUGCGAGUGAGGACAUACGUGCCAUGAACCAUCCGGCGGCAACGCAGGAUGAAGUUUGGCACCUGUUUGACGUGAUCGCGUAUCAAAAGUCUGGAAGUGUCCUGAACAUGUUCCGUCAGGUGAUCGGUGACGAAAACUGGAAAGCAGCUUUGAAGUCCUACCUACUCAAGCGGAAGCUAAGCAGUGCAAAGCCCGUAGACCUGUACGUCGAACUACAAGCAGCAACACAGGAUCAAAAUCUACUUCCCGAACCCUUUACCGUUGAACAUUUGAUGAAGUCCUGGACGGACGCUCCCGGUUAUCCGGUGCUGAACGUUCGUCGAGUUUACAAAACUGGUGAAGCCAUUCUUUCGCAAGAUCGCUUCCUAGCCGACAAACGCCUGCCCGUCAAUCACGUCUGGCACAUCCCGUAUAACUUUGUGAAUCGCGGAGCAAGAUCGGGCGAUCAACUGCGUUGGUUGAGUACGAAAGCGGCCAAGAUCGAUCUUGAAACCAACGAAGAUCAAUGGGUGAUCUUCAACCGCGAACAGUUCGGAUACUACAGAGUCAACUACGAUCGCAGAAAUUGGGAUCUCAUCAUCGACACGUUGCUCACGAACCCUGCGACCAUCCAUCGCGCCAAUCGGGCUCAACUGAUCGACGAUGCCUUCAACCUAGCUCGAUCCGAUCGACUUGACAUGUCGGUUGCGCUGAAACUCCUAACUUACCUGCGCCACGAAACAGAAUACGCUCCUUGGGCCGCCGCCAACAACGUGCUCAGCUACUUCUAUGCAAAACUUCGUGGAACACCGUACUACGCCGGUUUCGCCAACUUUGUCCACGAAAUUACGUCCGAGAUCUACGCGACCCUGCAGGUGACCACCGUAUCGGAAGACGAGUCAACUCUGCACAAGUACCUAAAGCAAACUGUAUCGAGCUGGGCUUGUCGGAUGGGAAAUCGAGACUGUCUGGACAGAACCUUCAACGCCCUAACGAACGAAGUAAUCGAACAGCAAGCUGUCCAUCCAGACGUGUCGGCUGUCGUGUACUGUUACGGGCUGCGCGAAGGAUCGUAUCAACUUCUGUCCUAUCUGGUCCCCAAGAUGGUGCAGUCCAAGAAUCAAGCUCAGCGCACCGAUUUGAUCAACGCCAUGGGAUGUACGAAGGACGCGGAAAGUGUCCGGGCUCUGUUGACCGUAAUUCAGAUCUCAACGGUUUCGUUUUUGUCCAGCGAGAAGUCGCAGAUCGUGGACGCCAUCGUAGCCGGCGGUCGCGAAGGCAUCGACGUUCUGAUUGAUUAUCUCAUGAAUAAUGCAAGCCAAUUGUUGAGCGCCAUUGGUGAAGGAGCAUUCAACACCGUCAUCACAAACAUUGCAUCCCACACGAACACGGUUGGGGAACGCCAGUGGCUGGAACAACUGCUGGAAGCUGUGAAGGAUCACGUCACGAGCGAAACCGUCCAGACGGCACGUCAGCGAGCUCAGGAUAACGCCGGCUGGUACGACAGCUUGGAAGGGCUGGUGUCGGUUGAGUUCUACGAGAAGUACGCCGCCAACACAGUUUACUAGCAGAUUACACAUUUUUAGAUUGAAUAAACUCUUAUCAGUUAUA